AUGGCAGAGCCAACGACUGUUACAGCCGAAGCUCGCAGCUUCCGAGAGGACCUUAACGACCACCGUUACCAACCUCAUUCGCUGCCAAGGCACAAUACUAUCGCCGCGCCUACGGGUCGACGCCCAAGCUGCACUCCAGAGAUUGCCGAACAAGAAUUCACUGCUCAGUUCGAAUACCAAUUGGACGAGGCCAUUCGAAGGAACUCGCAAUCAUCCGACGACGUCAUCGUUGGAAAUGUUGUCUUGGAGGAUUCAUCGGAUGAUGACCAUCUCUCACCCGCCCGUUACGAUUUCGAGCCAUCGGCGAGCCCGACUAAGAAUCGACCUAGAGGAGAGAGUAUCAUUCGUCGUCAACAGACCAACCAACCGACAUUUGCCAUUGAGGUGGAGGAAGCUAGGUCUCGCUCGCCAUCUCCACCGAAUUCAAUCGAUGCAUUCGCAACCGCCCGUCGCAAGGACCGCUCAGGGACAAUCAGUAGCCAAUAUGCCCCAUCCGAGAUGGGCUCCCUGAGAAGGUCAGCGUCCCGUAGGGCUCCAAGUUUCGAGGUCCUUCAUGCAACAAACUCUGGAGACGAAACGCCAGAAAAGGCCGAAGAUGAUGUCUGCUUUCCAAUGCCUGAUGGCCCCAACCAAUGGAAGAUUGACUUCGAUGAGAUGGAGGACUUCAUCACUCAACAGAGCCAGAUUAGAUAUCGCUCAUGUCAACGUCGACGCAAGAUGAGCUCUGCCAGUGUUCAGAACACUUACUCAAGACAGACCAUCCCAUUCAAAUUCAAGCGUACUCCACCUCCAGAUGAAUGUGCGGUUGAGGACGACGACGACGACGAGAGCAUCACAUACAGUGAAAAGGAUCCCAACGGCAGCAUCGCUCCGGUCAAGAAGAGAGGGCGUUCUAUGCAGCAACCAGAUAGGUUCAGCUUUUUUAGCUCGGAACUUGAGGGCACUGUCCAUGCUGCAAACUUCCCAUCCUUGAUUGGUGAUGGAGAGAGCUUCGAAGGCCUAUUUGGAGGUGAAGACAAUGUUUGGUGGUUGGAUGUCGAGUCUCCCACUGAAGCUGAGAUGAAAAUGAUUUGGCGGGCAUUUUCUCUCCAUCCUUUGACCUAUGAGGAUAUCCGUGUUCAGGAAACCCGUGAAAAGGUAGAACUUUUCCGCAGCUACUAUUUUGUUUCCUUCCGUUCUUUCAUCACCGAUGAGGAGAGCGAGGAUUUCCUUGAGCCAACAAACGUCUAUCUUGUGGUAUUCCGCAGCGGCAUCCUUAGCUUCCACUUUUCGCCAUAUCCUCAUGCUUCUAACGUGAGAAAGCGUAUCAGGCAGCUAAGAGAUUACGUUGCCCUAUCUUCGGAUUGGAUUUGCUACGCUAUGAUCGACGACAUCACUGACUCCUUCGGUCCUGUCAUUCAUGAGAUCGAGAAAGAGACCGACGCAAUUGAGGAUGCAGUCUUUGUGGCCCGCUCUUCUGACUUCUCCGUCAUGUUGAAGAGAAUUGGCGAUUGCCGCAAGAAGGUUAUGACUCUCAUGCGCCUUCUUGGUGGAAAAGCCGACGUCAUCAAAGGGUUCGCAAAGCGCUGCAACGAACAAUACUCAGUUACUCCUCGGAGUGACAUCGGUCUCUAUCUUGGCGAUAUUCAAGAUCACGUCAUUACUAUGAUGGGCAAUCUCAGUCACUUCGAGAAGAUGCUCUCUAGAUCCCAUAGCAACUACCUCGCACAGCUUUCAGUGGACCAUAUGGAAAGCAACAACAGGACUAAUGAGGUUCUUGGGAAGAUUACAGUCAUUGCCACCGUUCUCGUGCCGUUGAACCUAAUUUGCGGUCUCUUCGGUAUGAACGUACCGGUUCCGGGCAAAGAUACCGACAGCCUUGCUUGGUUCUUUGGAAUCAUUGGUAUUAUCAUUGCAUUCGUUGUGACCAGCUUGAUUGCUGCUCGGAAGCUCAAAUACAUCUAA